AUACUCAUGGGGGAAAGAUGGCACGAACUCAGUCUUGUGAAGAGAGUAAACACCAUCAUUGUAAUCGAAGGUGGAUGUAGUAAACAGCUUCAAGAAAGACUGAACAAACUUGGUGUCUGCUUGUCACAUGGCACAGGAGACACACUCCUUAAGCUGUUGGGAGGUCACUUCUCAGAUGUGGUUGUCAGAAAAAUAAAGGAUGGCAAGGUAAAAAAUAGAAGUAAAAUAGAUAGAAGUAAAAAAGUUUAAAGAGGCAGAUUGUAUUUCCCAAUGAACCUGACACUGGCCACUACAAGACUAUCAAAUAGAAAUAACAUUAAAUGUCUUAUAUUCUUUUAUAAAUGUACUGAAGAGAAUUUUAGGCUAAUUAGGUAAUUGAAAUUGGUUCUUAAGUACAGGAGAAAAAAUAUGAAAACAUUGCUGCAAGCAACUUGGUAAUUGUAUCUUACUUUAUCUGCCACCACUACCUCACCCCAACAAGACAUUGUACUGAUUCUCUUAUUCUUGUGUUUUGAUAGAAUGAUGAAUUUUGAAAAUAAGAACCUGUUUUAACUUUCUUAGGCUAAAUAGCUUCUUGUCAAGAGGGGGUAUAAAUGGCAAAUUUAGGCUAACAGGUUCUUAAUUGUUAGGUUCUUAGCCGCAGGUAUUUACCGUUUUUGUACUCUUAAUAUUAUUAGG